AUGUGGCAGAAUUCUUCACAAUUGUUACAACAUAAUAACAAUCAACAGCAGCAAUCUCAGCAAUCCCAACACUCACAUGGGAAUAUGAAGAAUAUGUCUGCUGGUGUGCAUGGCAAACAGCCUAUGUUGAUGGCUGGAAAUGAUGUCUUUUCAAUAGGACCUUAUAAAUCAAGAAGGGAUAGAUCUAGAGUAUCAGUGUUACAGAAAUAUGAAAUAAUUGGUUAUAUUGCUGCAGGUACUUAUGGUAAGGUCUAUAAGGUUAAGAGGCGACCAGAUUAUAAAGACAGCAGUUCUACUAACUCUGAUAGUUCGCCAGGAUACCUGGACAGAGAACUUGACUCAAAAGCUAAUAACACGAACAUUCAAGCAUCAGAAUCAAUUAGUCUUGGUGGGAAAUUUGGGUUCCAAGAAUCCUCUUCAUCGAGCACUCAAGGUAUGAGUUUCAUAGACAUUGAUAUUGAUAGUGAUAAGAACAGUGAAAAUAAAGAUCUAGGUACCAAUUACAGUAAGGAUGGAAUUACAACAACUUUACAAUAUUCGAACUCUUCAAGAAAGAAACCGAUAUCCAAAUAUUUUGCCAUUAAGAAAUUUAAAACUGAAAGAGAAGGUUUUGAGCAAUUGCAUUAUACUGGUAUUUCACAAAGUGCAUGUAGAGAAAUGUCUCUCUGUAGAGAAUUAUCAAAUAAUCAUUUGACGAAAUUGAUAGAAAUUUUUAUGGAGAAGAAGAGCAUAUAUAUGGUUUAUGAAUAUGCAGAACAUGAUUUAUUACAAAUAAUUCAUUUCCAUUCACAUCCAGAAAAAAGAAUGAUACCUCAAAGAAUGAUCAGAUCCAUACUGUGGCAGAUAUUAGACGGUGUAUCCUACUUACAUCAAAAUUGGAUUUUGCAUAGGGAUCUAAAGCCUGCAAACAUCAUGGUGACAUCCAAUGGUGUCGUAAAAGUAGGGGAUUUAGGUUUGGCUAGAAAGUUUCAUAACAUGUUACAAACUCUUUAUACUGGUGAUAAAGUUGUUGUGACCAUUUGGUAUCGUGCACCAGAGUUGAUGUUAGGUGCUAGACACUAUACUCCUGCCAUAGAUUUAUGGGCAGUUGGGUGUAUAUUUGCAGAAUUGAUUGGUUUACAGCCUAUUUUCAAAGGUGAGGAAGCCAAAAUGGAUUCCAAGAAAAGCGUUCCUUUCCAAGCCAACCAAUUACAAAGAAUUAUAGAAGUAUUAGGAACGCCAUCACCGAAGAAUUGGCCAAAUAUUCAAAAGUAUCCAGAAUAUGAUCAACUUGCUAAGUUUCCGAAGUGCAGAGAUAAUUUACCAAUCUGGUAUCAUUCCACAAGUGGAAGAGAUAAGAAUGCGCUUGAUCUACUGUAUCAAUUAUUGAAGUAUGAUCCUACAACACGUAUUGAUGCUUCUCAUGCAUUAGACCAUGAUUAUUUCACUAAUGGUGAUUACCCAGUAUGUGAAAGCGUGUUUGAAGGAUUGAAUUAUAAGUACCCUGCAAGAAGAAUCCACACUAGCGACAAUGAUAUUAUGAAUAUCGGACAUAAAGGAAGAGGUAAUUCUCAACAGCAGCAACAAAAUUCCUCUUCCAAUAAUAAUACAUCUACUUUAGGAGGUUUGGGAGUUAAUAGAAGAAUUUUGGCGGCAGCAGCAGCUGCUGCUGCUGCUGUCUCAGGUAAUACUAAUUCUAAUGGACAAUCUAAUUCAAGAAAAUCAGAGCCUGCUCGUAAAAAGAGAAGAUAA